GAGAAGUCUAUAGUACAGCUACGUACCUAUGCUGUGUGCUUUUUGUUAUCUUCUAGAAAUACUCUAACGCUGUUUCUCAGAUCCUAGACAGUAAUUUCAAGCGAUGACUGCUAUUGAAGUGGACAUCAACAAAAAACUGAAGCAGGAUGAGAAUCAACUGGAGGAGAUGAAGUUGAACUUGGAGAAGAGUCAGCAGCUCACCGACAGUAUGGUGGAGAUUCUCGACUCGUUCACAGGACGUCUCAAAAAAUUAGACGAGACCAUCAAACCAGUUUACACGCAAACACUCAGACUCACAAGACUACAAGAGAAUGUGGAGAAAUCUUUGGUUGAGAUGGACCGUAUGUUAGCGUUCCAUGCUGUGGCUGAUGAGGUGGAGACUAAAAUACGUGAGGGACCAGGGGGCGACAUCCCCGGCUACCUUGACCUACUCAACAAAUUGAAGUCAUCACUGGAGUUCUUCAUGCAAUACAAUGCACACAGUGUUGAGCUGGGCCAUGUUGGAGAGUUGUUUGAGGUCGGUCUAGAAGCUCUGUCUAGAGAGUUUCUCCAACUCCUCAAGAAAUUCUCAAAACCAGUUCCCUUGGCUAUACUUCACGAUAUAGCUACAAUGGAAGACAGUGAAGACUUGCCCCCCAUGGAGCUCCUGCCAGUAAGAGUGGUUACAGACCUUCACGCUAUAGCAGAGUACCUUGUGCAUGCUCCAGGGGAGGGUCACACUGACGUGAUGAACAUAUACGCUCAGCUACGCUCGAGUACUCUAGGCCGUGGUCUUAACUCAAUCAAGGAAAUCAACCAGGGCGGACAGAACUUGCUGGGAGAAAACAUGCCUAAGAAAGCUUCCUUUCCUUUUCUGCCCACUCGGAGAGGGACAGCACGUAAAAUACAGCCAGUCCCCAGUAGUAGUGUUGGUAGCAGUAGUAUGGAGUCCAGUAGUGUCAACAGCACUGAGAGUGACGAGAGACUGGAGGGGGUGGUCACAUUGAUCAUGGCCAGUACUGUGUUUCUACGACUCAUACAAGCAGAGUCUCGACUCAUGACCCAGAUCAUACCCACUUCCCAUCAUAAGGUAGUCCUGGACGAGCUCACCAAGAGACCCAUCGAGUUUUUCAUGAGAGACGGAGAGGCCCUCUUUCAUCAAGCCAAGCGUUGCAUUGCCCGUAACGAGUUUGCUGUUGUUCUUUCCUGCCUCCGCCUCAUUCGGCACAUCCACUCACUGCUUCCAGAGUACAAGGCUGUCCUGGGGGAACUCAAGUCACUACCCUACGAGCGGUUUCCACGAUUAUUACUGCUGUUUGAGAAAUUAGUAUCCUCUACUCUCUCAGAGCAGUACAUAACCUUCAUCAAGAGUGACUCGGAGAAGAUAUCCAACCUACCCAAAGACGGAACAGUGCACGAACUGACCAGUAACACGAUCAUGUUCCUAGAGAACCUACUUGACUACUCCCGUAUUCUCGGGGAGAUUUUCCUCGGCCAGAGUAGUUUUUCCGUGAAAUCCACUGAAGCAGAUCGAAAGAAAGCCCUAGGGACGGUCCUAGUGCAAAUUUUCAAUGCCCUCAACUUGAAGAUGGAAAAUAAAGCUCACAACUAUGAGAGCCCAUUCCUGGCAGCCAUCUUUCUUCUCAAUAACUACCACUUUAUGCACAAGACUUUCAAAAGAAACUCCUACAUGCUUGAUCUACUGGAGACUGCCUAUGAUGGGAUAGAGGAGCACUUUGAGGGUCUGUUGGAGCAACACGGCCGUGCCUAUCAGAGGGGCUUCACCAAACUCAUUUCAUUUCUGGGGCAGGACAUCUCAAUGGCUAGCAAGUCGCUAACAGACAAGUUGAGUAAGCAGCAUCGUCAGCAACUCAAGGAUCGUUUCAAGGGCUUCAAUGUCGAGUUUGAGGAACUGCACAGAGUUCAGGAACAGUGGUCUCUCCCGGACCCCCAGCUGAGAAGCAGGGUUAGGGGCACCAACAUUGAGGUCAUUGUGCCACUCUACAAGGAAUUCCAUCGAAUGUAUGGCUCACUUAACUUCACUAAGAAUCCAGAGAAGUACGUCAAGUACACACCAGACACGCUGGAGCUGCAUCUCAACUCUUUCUUCGAUGGUGGAGCCUCUUAAACUGAUUAUUUACUGAACACUCAUGUUUUUAGAACACUGUAUCUGUUUUACUCCUUUUUGCUAAUCAGUGGGGAAAAAACAUUAACAUGUUUCAUACACUCUUGCUUUUACUUACAUUGUAUAUCAGAAAAUUAUGG